AUGACCUGCCACGUACAGCUUCGAGGGUUUCGCGUAUCAGCUGACCAUACUGCUGUUCCAGAUACAACGAUGAAAAACUCCAAUGAAAGCGAUUCUCUAUUUGAAGGACGUUUCAGAGCAACACGUGUGUGGAAUGGUAUGAUAAAGCGCUUUCGAAAUGGAAUGCCUGUAAAACGACAUCGACGUCAACUGCGCAUCUACGACGAUUGUUUCACAGGUCGCGAGGCUAUAGACUUUAUGAUGAACGAGCUACCAAAAUUUAUUCAUGACGGUAGAGAAAUAACCAGAUCCAAUUGUUCAAAACUUUUGGGCAUGUACUUAAGUAUGGGAUUGUUUUGUACUGUGCGUGGGAAAUGGGAUGAUAGCGAAGUAUUUAAAGAAAGCGAAUUGUACCGAUUUUCAAGCGUCUCUCCCGAACUGCUGGCUGCAACACCAAUUUUAGUCCGCCGCGCCGCUUCAUUCAAUGAAAGAUGUAGUUUCAAACAAAAUCGGCCUAGGGAUAGAGAUUUUGGGUUUACUGCUCUACAAAGAGCCCAUAACAUUGGCUGGAGAAAUAGAAACAAUAAUUCGAUAGUACCAGCGCAAGUGCCUAUUCUUGCAGUGCAGCCGAGUGCUCCUCUUUCCCGUCGUUUAUCAGCAUCCCACGGGAAUCUGCCUUCUAUGUUUAGCUCCCGGGCAAGGACCGUUUCGCAAGAGAAAAUAAAUGAAGUAACGAUGGAAAAUAUUGAAGUUGGAGCAGGGACAUCAAAUCAGAUUAAUAUACUAGACGAGAUGAUCGCUAAGUUAAUCGAAGUCAAUAGUAAUUCAGCCGAAUCUUCAGGAAUGCAAAAGCUUCGAAAUUUCGGGAAAAUUAUUCAGGCUCGGACUCCGGAGAGUUGCCCGCCUUCUGGAUCUCCAGGAGCGGUUGUUAAUGAGGAACAUAGUGGUGCUCAUCUGUUCCUUGAUACCAGCGAAAUCUAUAAGAAUGUUCUACUAAAUCGGUUGAGAUCACUGCUGCAGGUAGAUUCAUUAAAUGGGAUUCUCGAUUAUGACUUUAACGGUGGAGAUAUUAGAUGGAAUUGCGAACGGGUCGGAACGAAAGGAAUAGUUCGUGUUCAACCUGAGAAUGAUUAUCUAACAAAUUAUGUUAUUACAAUGAUGCGUUAUCUGUCGCGAUGGCCAUUCGAUACAAAGUUUGCGGAAUCUACGCAUGUACCAUACGAAGGAUUCGAAUUAAAUGUUUUCAAAAGUGUUUGUGAACAGUUUGAUAACGAUUGUCCAAUGCUUCCAAAUCUUGUUGCAUUGUCGAUUCUACAUAUCAUACAAUUGUUUCGUCAGAAAAGUUUUCAACAGCGAAACUCAGCAGAACUGCGUAAGGAAACAGUUUUUUGCGCUGACAGUUCACCAUUUACACGUUACGUGCAGAAGACGGUUAAUUCUCAGAAUCAAAGUAAACUAGAUGGAAAAGAUGAAAGUUCUAAUUUGCGUACAACAGUAUCGCCUAGCAAAGGAUUUACUGGUGAAGAACAUACUAUGUCACCACCAAAUACUAUGCGCUCUUCCGUAUCUACGUUGUCAGCAGACAGUGAAACUUUUUCAUAUAAAAUGGCCUAUGAAGCAAUUUUAACUCGGCUUCCGGGUCUGCAGCGAAGUCCUGAGCUUAUGCAGCGUAUUGAAGAACUGGCCAAAACAAACACUUUUGUGCCACGCUCAAGCACUCCUCGUAUAGAAUUUUGUGUACUGCUCGCUGGGGUCGACAGUGAAAAUGAGAGAUUGCUGAAAGAAGCGGUAUCACUAGUCAUGCUAACCUUGGAGCCACGUGUUCGUCGCCGACUACACUACUUGUUGCGCUUUAUGCAACGUGUCAGCCGAAAUUAUUGUUUACGAAUGGAUAAACGUCGUGAUAACCGUUCAAUUGUUCUUGAAAGUUUGCCGAACAAGAUAGUACGUGCAUCUCAAGCUAUAAACGCGUCAGAAUGCCAUCAGUUGGUCAUAUUUUUAAUGGAUAAUGAAUGUGAUACGUUUUCCAUCCCGGAAGCAUUUAUUUCAGAAGUCAAACAUCAGCUGUCGUUACCACAUGAGGUUGUCUUAAAGAAAUCGCCAACUGUUCAACAGCCUAUCACUGAUGAAUCAUCAGGUACCGAACGUUUGAAGGAACACUUCUGCGAACCAAUCAAAGUAGAAGAAUACGAAUCACAAAAGAAGGAUGUUGAUAGUUAUUUACUCUCUCUCUUGGAUGGCAUAUUGAGCGAUGAAAAUCUUUCAAUUGCAGAUCGGAAGCAGCGACUUAAAAAGUUCAAAAAGACUUAUCCAGAGAUCUAUGCACAGAAAUACCCGUCUCCUGAAUUGCCGAAAACUCGAUUCAUCGACCGAAUUAGGAAUUUUCACUUCUAA